AUGCUGUUUGUGAUUGUUAAGGAGCUGCACCACCACGAUGACGUCUCAAUCUUGGCUUACGCAGAUGAUGUGCUGACGAAAGACGAACAGAUAGGCCUGUUGUUCAGAGCCAAACGGAAGUGUGAGGGGAACAUCAAGUCCAAACACAGAGUUCCUGAUAGUUUCUGCUCACCAGAAUGGGACGGAAUUGUUUGUUGGCCUGAAGGGCCUCCGGGAAAGCUUGUAUCAACCGCCUGUCCAGAGUAUAUCCAUGACUUCAACCAUAAAGGACUUGCAUACCGGAGGUGUGACAACAACGGAACGUGGGAGCUGGCCACAGCCAACAAGACGUGGGCCAAUUAUAACGAAUGUGCAAAAUUCCUCUACCAUUACAACCAUAGCCAUGAAAAGGACGUCUUUCACCGCCUGUAUCUGAUCUACACAGUGGGGUACUCCAUCUCUUUGGGAUCACUCAUGGUUGCCGUCGUCAUCUUGGGAUAUUUCCGACGAUUGCACUGCACCAGGAACUACAUCCACAUGCACCUAUUUGUGUCCUACAUGCUCAGAGCGAUCAGUAUUUUCGUGAAAGAUGUUGUGCUCUACUCUGGAUCAGCCUUAGAGAACAUGGAACGAGUCACAGUGGAAGACCUCAAGUCCAUCACUGAGGCUCCGCCAGCCAACAAAACACAGUUUAUUGGCUGCAAGGUGGUUGUGACCUUAUUCUUGUACUUUCUUGCGACAAAUUACUACUGGAUCCUUGUGGAGGGUCUGUACCUCCACAGCCUCAUCUUUAUGACCUUCUUCUCAGACAGAAAGUAUCUAUGGGGAUUUACUCUGAUUGGAUGGGGAGUACCAGCUAUGGUUGUGACAGUUUGGGCAACUAUGAGAGCCACGUUUGCAGACACAGAGUGUUGGGACUUGAGUGCAGGCAAUUUGAAAUGGAUAUAUCAAGUGCCUAUUCUGGCGGCUAUAGUGGUUAAUUUUAUGUUAUUUCUGAACAUCAUCAGAGUCUUGGCAACUAAGCUACGAGAAACAAAUGCUGGCAGGUGUGACACAAGACAACAGUACAGAAAACUGUUGAAGUCCACGUUGGUGCUGAUGCCACUCUUUGGUGUCCACUACAUCAUAUUCCAUGCCAUGCCGUACACAGAGGUGUCUGGAGUUCCUUGGCUGAUACAGAUGCACUAUGAGAUGCUGUUCAACUCCUUCCAGGGAUUCUUAGUUGCAAUUAUAUACUGCUUUUGCAAUGGGGAGGUGCAAGCUGAGAUCAAAAAGUCCUGGAGCAGAAGGACUCUGGCCCUGGACUUCAAAAGGAAAGCACGGAGCGGCAGCAACACUUACAGCUAUGGCCCGAUGGUGUCACACACCAGUGUUACCAACGUCACUGCCAGAGGACCGCUGGCCCUCCACCUCACCACGAGGCUGGGACCGGUGCCUGUGAACGGGCACAGGAACCUCCCCGGGUACGUUAAGAACGGCUCUGUCUCUGAGAACUCUAUACCCUCAUCAGGACAGGAGCUUCACAUUCCUGAUGAGGAGCAUUCGGCUCACACACGGCCCUGCGAGAACGAGAAACCUUCACCUGUGGUGGAGGAGGAGAGGGAGACAGUCAUGUGACCUCCAGGCCGCUGUGUGUGUGUGUGUGUGUGUGUGUGUGUGUGUGUGUGUGUGUGUGUGUGUGUAGUGAUAAAAACUGGAAGAAAAUCAUGAAACAGUCUCAGGAUGGUCUGAAGGGGGACGACUGCAUGCAACACUGCCAGUUUCAAGCCAGGACAUUGCCGACAGAUGAGGCUCAAGGCAUGAAGGUGUAUCACUUUUGUGAGCUGAGCCGCCUUUCAAUGAGGGAUGAUGACCCUCAGAGUUCCCUCAACUCUUUCACCAACCACCUGCCACAGUGAAUGUGCAAAAGGAUGAAAACGGACUGCUGUUUCUUAUUUCUUUUCCACUUCCACAACAAGUUGUUUUCUUGAUUUUGGUUUCCUUUCUUGUGCAUAAAUCAAACUGGAGUAAGUUACAGUAUUUGCCAGGAACAGCCUUAAUCACAUAUGUAAAGCCAGGGGGAUUUUGAGUGUACUUAGUGACACAUGUGGGCAAUUUCAACAGCAAGUCUUCGGAUUAAGUCAGCGUGAUUAGACUAAGUAAGUGUAGGGUCAUCUUAAAAAACUUUUAAUGCUACUAUUUUGAGGCAUCUGUUCAUGCUUUCUGGCAUGGUAUCUCAUUUGUUUUGCAUUGACGUGAAUCCACUUCAGUGUAAAAGGGAAGGUACUCAGGUAAUUGAAGUCCUCUGUUGUUGCACACCUAUUUUUAUACUUUUAAAGUGGUGUUUUUCGCUUGGUCAGCAUUUCUCUGAGGGUGUUGGUAUGUAAUAUAAGGCUGUGUUCAUUUUUUAAUUUUAUUUUUCAUGUUGUACAGUUUCUGCAGUUUAGAAAAACCCAGUAUUCAUCUCUCUAAUUACAACAGAUUUCAAACAGUUCAAAUGAAUGUUUCAUAUUCAAAUUGUCUCCAAAAAUACCCUGUCUCAUACAUACACACACACACACACACACACACACACACACACACACACACACACACACACAUGCACGCACAACAUGAUGCCAAAGUAAGAAUAUCUCUUUUUGAAGACUGCCUCCGUCUUCAGCGUUGGAGUCAGCGUUAGUUGAGGUAAAGAAGGACUUUAUUAAAAGGUAUCAUAUGUUCCCACACAGUUUUCGAAGCACGAGACCCCUUUUAAAAACACAGGGUUCAGGUAACGCUCAUAUAUUCCAGUCGAAUGUUAAUUAAAUGAGGAUUCCAAGGAAAUCUCAAAUUCCGCUGGAAUUCCAAGAGUGACAUUUGUGGUGGAUAUGAAGGAAAAACCCAGAAAUGAAUAACACACAUUCAUUUUUACAGAUGGUCCAGGGUUAUGCUGCUUUUUGAUGUAUAUACAAGUCACAAUGUUUACAAAGAUCAGAAAUACAUUCUAAUUGUGAGCUAAUAGUGUUCAUGUGUUAUAAAGCUAUUUCAAUGUUUUGUUUUUUUCCAUGUCUGUUUACGGAAUGUUUGCAAUAUUGCAAUAUAUAUUGCCGGAUAUAUUUACAGGUGACAGAGGGCAUUUAAACUAAACUAGCAUUUAAUGAAGCAUUCCGCAAGAUAUUUUAUUCUCUGUAAAUUGUCAUUUACAGCACUUGGAUUGCUGGUUAGGUGACAUUAUCUGUUAUACCAAAGAGAAAAGGCGUGACACGCUGCGAGAGAAAAAGUUGUUUUGCAGUAUUUCUUUGUAUUUUCAUCCACCAUCUUGUUUACGAUGACCAAAAGUCUUAAAAUCACCAUCUCUCAAAAAAAAAAAGUAUCUGCUACUGGUAGUUAGUGUCGGGAAAUGUCAAGAUAAAAGUGUUGAGAGCGCCCACACAGAUUGAAGUUUCUUUAAAAAUACUAAGAUUCAUUUAAGUUUCAAAUCCGUCGCUUAGUAACAACGCACCGACACCAUUAAUAUUGAAGGCAGUUGUGUUGCUCUACUUGGACUUUGGUCUCAAGUGCUAAAUAUGUUGCUAUUUGGUUUGGACGAAUAUAUCUGAUGUGAUUUAGAUCAGAUUCAGCUAAAUAGAGUUAUACCUCACAUUACUUUUCCUUAGUGACCAAAGCUAAUAUUAUACCCAUAUUUCUUUACAUCUUUACAAUAGUGAUCCCCAGGAUCCCUUGUCCAUCCUGCUGUUUUGUUCUUUUAUUGACUGCAAAAUGACUGAAUCACGCUCCCAGUUGUUUCCCACCUGAUGCUACAUCCAUUAAGGUGUGUGCUUGAGUUCGUUUUAAAAGGUUAAAGCUUGGCUUGCUCCAGUGUUUUCCUACAAGUCCGUCCAGCAGGUUUACACUGCAUCUAAAGUUAAUUCACAUUUUUACUAAAUAAAUCAGACAACAUCACAAACCGUCUCCCCUGUUUUCCCAUCAAGUAGAUUUUUAAAGGAUAAGUCUGGUAAUAUCCUAUUAUGUUUCUUAUCCUCAACAAAUCCCAUGAAAAUACAGAGAGUGUCGUCUCAUAUAGCUUAUUCCUCUGCGUCAUACACCUCUAGUGUUGACUAAAAAUGAUUAAAAACGCAAUACGAAGGCUGACUGCAUCACUACGAUCACUGUAGUUCAUUCACGAGUCAAUCUCACAAACACCUCUUGGGUGCGUAAAUACUCACCAGCACAUCGAAUGUGUAAUAAUCUGCAGCUAAUAAAUAGUCUCCAACAAAAACAAAAGUGCGAUUUACUCUUGUUUGAGUAACGUUUGCUAAAAGUUACAUUGCUGUGCUUUUUAUUGAAAUUACGUAGGCUUUAAAAACAUGAAUAUAUGUAACCUAAAUAUUUAGAAAGAAAUGAGAGAUGGUUUGGGUCUUUUCAUAGCAAUAGGAAAAAUAUACAACAAUCUACAACAACCAACAAUUAGCAGUGGAAAUCUAAGAAGUGCUUUUUGGACCCAACUUGAACAUUUCCAUGGGGAUCGGUCAUUAUUGUGACUUGCGGUUGAGUGUAUUGACUACAACACUAAUUACAGGUGGCUGCAGGCCACCGUGAUGGAAAGAGGAAAAGACUGAGGGAGAUGGAAACCGCUGUCACUUGAUAAUACAGUAUCAUAUUAUCUCUAAAGAUUUUUUUUAAUAUUUAACUGGAUCCUUUUAGCUGGUAUUUAGUGCAUCACUCACAACUCUGGAGAUUUGUACGCCCUUCAGGAGAACAGUUGUACAGUAUUAAAAAAUGCAGUUGACUGAGAUGGUCGUUAUGUAACUUCUGUGUAAGACAGUUUUUUAUUAAAAAAGUGGCCGGUAUCGGAACAUGAAAAUUGUUUAUAAAAAAAUAUAUGUGGAGCACUUUAAUACCCUAUUAUACAGUAAUUUGUUCUGAUUGUAUCAUGUAAAAUGAUUGUGUGUUGGAAUCAUGUGUACAAUAAGGCCAAUAAUCAUAGAGCUAAUGUUGUAAUUCAUUGUUUUCAAAUACCUCUCAUGUGUGUGGUUGUCUUUUAUUUAUCUCGUGCCGAAAAGUGGAGUCAGCGUUGGUCUUCAUGCUUUAGAUUACAGUAUGUGGGCCGUGUUAGCUAAGACGCAUUUCGCCUUCUCAUCACUCUGUAGUGACUUAGGGCACGUUGUAGAUAUCAGUGUAAACUUAGAAUAAAAUAGUACGGUGUUUUCUGGUAUCUAAUGUUAAUCAGUGAAUUGUGAAUAAGACAAUAAAUCUGUAAUUUUACUGUA